UCCACCCUCUGCAAGCAUCGUCGUAUCCACACUGGGGAGAGACCCUACGUGUGUGACAUCUGCAGCAAGAGCUUCAUUCAGAGCUCUACACUCAACCAGCACCGCCGCAUCCACACUGGGGAGAGACCCUAUGUGUGUGACAUCUGCAGCAAGAGCUUCACUCAGAGAUCCUUGCUAACCCUGCACCGCUGCACCCACACUGGGGAAAAGCCAUAUGUCUGUGGUGACUGUGGUGAGAGCUUCAACAAAAAGGCACAUCUUACCCAGCACAUGAAGACACACACCGGUAGGAAGUCCUUUGCCUGUAGUGAAUGUGGGAAGAGUUUCACCUGGAAAUCCAGCCUUACCAAGCACCAACGCAUUCACACUGGGAAGAGGCCGUAUAUAUGUGGUGACUGUGGUAAGAGCUUCAGGCAGAGAUCCCACCUCACCGUGCAUCACCGCACCCACACUGGUGAGAAGCCCUUUGCCUGCAAUGACUGCGGGAAGAGUUUCAGCCAGAUAGCCCCGCUCACCAUGCAUCGCCGCACCCACACUGGUGAGAAUCCUUUUGCCUGCACUGAGUGUGGGAAGAGUUUCACCCAGAAAAGCAAGCUCAUCGCGCAUUGCCGCACCCACACUGGUGAGAAGCCCUAUGCCUGUGACAAGUGCAGCAAGCGCUUCACCAACAUAUCCAACCUCAUCGCGCAUCGCCGUACCCACACUGGUGAGAAGCCCUUUGCCUGCAAUGACUGCGGGAAGAGUUUCAGUCAGAUAGCCCCGCUCACCAUGCAUCGCCGCUCCCACACUGGUGAGAAGCCUUUUGCCUGCACUGACUGUGGGAAGAGUUUCAUCAACAAAUACUACCUCACCCAGCACUGUCGCACCCACACUGGUGAGAAGCCCUUUGCCUGUGACAAGUGCAGCAAGAGCUUCUCUGACAAAUCCUACCUCACCGUGCAUCGCCGUACCCACACUGGUGAGAAGCCUUUUGCCUGCACUGACUGUGGGAAGAGUUUCACGAUGUACAGCAGCCUCACCACUCACCAGCGCACCCACACUGGUGAAAAGCCCUUUGCCUGUGGCAGCUGCAGCAAGAGCUUCACCACGAAAUCCCAACUCACCGUGCACCGCCGCAUCCACACUGGGGAGAAGCCGUACGUCUGUGGUGACUGUGGUGAGAGCUUCACCCACAAGUCCAGCCUCACCCAGCACAUAUGGAACCACACCGGGGAAAAGCCUUUUACCUGCACUGACUGUGGGAAGAGUUUCACCAAGAAAUCCAACUUCACGGAGCACUGUCGCAACCACACUGGUGAAAAGCCCUUUGCCUGCACUGACUGUGGGAAGAGUUUCACCAACAACUACCUCCUCACCCAGCACCGUCGCUCCCACACUGGUCAGAAGCCCUUUGCCUGCACUGACUGUGGGAAGACUUUCACCCAGAAAUCCCAACUCAACCGGCAUCGCUACACCCACACUGGUGAGUAUCCCUUUGGCUGCACUGACUGUGGGAAGAAUUUCACGAGGUCCCGCGACCUCACCGAGCACCGUCGCGUCCACACUGGUGAGAAGCCCUUUGCCUGCGCUGACUGUGGGAAGAGUUUCACGAGGCAAAGUGAGCUCACCCAGCACCAUCGCAUCCACACUGGGGAGAAGCCCUAUGUCUGUGACAAGUGCAGCAAGAGCUUCAGUCGCAGCUCCCACCUCCCCGUGCACCGCCGCAUCCACACUGGGGAGAAGCCGUACGUCUGUGGGGACUGCGGUGAGCGCUUCAGCAGAAAGUCCAAUCUCACCCGGCACAGUCAGACC